AUAAAAUCUAUUUUGAAUGAAUAUCAUGGAAAUAAAUAAAUGAUAAGGAGACUUUUAAUGUUGGAGCAAAGUCCGCUUAUUACGAGACAUUUUUUAGGUUAGUCCGUUAAAAUGGCUGGAAGGAGUAGGAUUAUAAAUUUAAUGCAAACAAUCACGGCUGCUUCGUGUAAAUGUCCGGCACAUUCUCAAACAGCUCAUCACGCAACGAUCCCAAAUGCGUUGCCUACUAAAGAAUAUGCGUUCGAAGUCACUUCGUCAACAAUACGGUAUGGGCCCGGAGUGACUAAGGAAAUUGGCAUGGAUUUAGUAAAUAGGAAUGCCAACUACGUUUGCGUUCUAACAGACAAAAAUUUGGUUAAUUUACAACCAGUGCAAACUACAUUAGAUUCACUCACGAAAAACGGCGUCAAAUAUGAAGUUUUUGAUGACGUCAGAGUGGAACCCACCGAUUACAGUUUGCAAAAUGCGAUUAAUUUCGCGAAAAGUAAGGAUUUUGAUUCUUAUUUAGCGGUUGGAGGCGGAUCUGUUAUCGAUACUUGCAAAGCUGCUAAUUUAUACGCCUGCGAUCCUGACGCGGAAUUUUUAGAUUACGUUAAUGCGCCAAUUGGAAAAGCAAAAGCUGUUACGGCAAAAUUAAAACCGAUGAUUGCCAUUCCAACAACCUCCGGAACAGGUAGCGAAUCAACGGGAAUAAUCAUUUUUGAUUUGAAAAAAUUGAAAGCAAAAACUGGAAUUUCUAGUCCGGCUCUUAGACCUAUUUUGGGAAUUAUUGAUCCUCUUCAUACCCUUUCCUUACCUGAACGAGUUGCUGCUUACAGCGGUUUUGAUGUUUUUUGUCAUGCUUUAGAGUCGUUCACCGCGAUACCAUACAACGAAAGAACUCCUUGCCCAACAAAUCCCAAAUUAAGACCACCUUACCAAGGACAAAAUCCCGUUUCGGACGUUUGGGCCAGAUAUGCCUUAAACAUAAUUUCCAAGUAUUUUGAAAGGGCCGUUUUUAACCCUGACGAUUUAGAAGCAAGAUCAAACAUGCAUUUAGCAUCCACCAUGGCUGGAGUGGGAUUUGGAAAUGCAGGUGUUCAUCUUUGCCAUGGUUUAUCUUAUCCAAUAUCUGGUUUAGUUAGAUCUUUUAAACCGGAUGGUUACGAUGACGACCACGCCAUCAUCCCUCACGGUUUAUCCGUCGUCAUGUCAUCUCCGGCCGUGUUUAGUUUUACCGGACCAUCAUGUCCCGAAAAACAUCUUGAAGCCGCUGGUAUUUUAGGCGUCGAUGUUUCAAAUGCAAAACGAGCCGACGCUGGUGCUAUUUUAUCAGAUGUUAUGAGGAAGUAUAUGGAUAAGAUUAAGAUUGAAAAUGGAUUACAGGCUUUGGGUUUUACUAAUGAGGACAUUCCAGCACUCGUCAAGGGAACUUUACCACAGGAACGUAUCACAAAGAUGGCACCCAGACCGCAAUCCGAGGAAGAUCUUGCUGGGUUAUUUGAGAAAUCUAUGAAGAUAUAUUAAUUCGAUGUAUAUAAAAAAUAAAUAUAUAUAAUUAUUUUUUUUUUGA